UCACGCCGGUCUGCAACAGGCUGAGAAGUAUUGGUGGCUGCGGUUAUUUGCGUAUCUGACGUGCUGCGCUGAGUCAUUUCAUCCGGCCAUCGUGAUAGCGUGACGGGUGGCAGCCGGCCGUCGUUGCGAUUUGAGGCAUAAGUGACAAUGUCUGGAACGAAAUCCAAGAAGAAGUCGUCUGGCCCUAAAGUUGAUCUCAACGAGGAGCAGAAGUCUGACAUAAGAGAAGCUUUUGAUCUGUUCGACACCGAAGGAACAGGAACCAUUGAUUCAAAAGAUUUGAAGGUUGCUUUGAGAGCGCUUGGAUUCGAGCCUCGGAAAGAAGAAAUAAAGAAAAUGAUUGCUGAAGUGGACAAAGACAAUACUGGCAAGAUCUGCUUCGAUGACUUCUUGGCCUUGAUGACGUCCAAGAUGGCGGAAAAGGAUACGAAGGAGGAGAUUCUGAAGGCGUUCCGUCUUUUCGACGAUGAUGAAACUGGGAAGAUCUCCUUCAAAAAUCUGAAGCGCGUCUCGGAAGAGCUGGGAGAGAAUCUCACGGACGAGGAGCUGCAGGAGAUGAUUGAGGAGGCAGACCUGGACGGCGACAGUGAGAUCAAUCAGGACGAGUUUCUGCGAAUCAUGAAGAAGACCAGUCUGUAUUGAAUCGUCGGGACCGUCAAAUGAUCGCUUCCAUUCCAACUAAGUUCAAACGUUGCCAGUGUGCUAUCAUGUGUCUAAAAACUCUUGGGAGCGGUUCGGUGUGCGUAAGGAGGAGCUCGCCUACAGACGUUCUUUUGUGUUUCAUUCUGUAGGAGUGCGUGAUAUUGUGUGCACCAUGGUACGACAGUGCGCAACACUGGAUGUUGUGGCUGUGAAGUACCUGGUCGCUGCUAGUCAGUGGGCAACUUGUCAUCUACAUCCACUUGUGGUCUUGUCACAUCCUGUUGCGUGCCAUCCUUCGCCGGCCCGCGCGUCCGCUGGUGCCAGCCUUUCUCGUGUUCUGUGUGCUCUGAAAUGACAGUUGGUCCGCGAAGCGGUGGCUGGUGAUUUUGCAUAUUUGUUUCCACCAUCGCCGACUGCUGAAGCCGGGGCGCGGGCCGCGCUCGUGCGCACCGCGUGGGAACUUGUAACCCUGCUGCGUACAUCACGCGAAACCGAAUUUGUCAUCUCCCUCCGCAUAUGGUAGAGUUACACUUCCGUCGACGUGCGGCACCCAGCUGAAUGUCUACCGCUCGUGCAUGUCUCGCAAAAGCUCGUGCGCUUAAUCCUAGCGUCAUCAAGGAGACAGGACAGUCGCCGACUCCGUGUGUGAAAAAUAUCUCCUUUUGCUUGAGUCCAGACUCCGUCGGCAGAUCUGUUAUCGGUGAUUACAGCGAUUGAUCAUUUAGGCUGACUGGUUGACAUGACACCCUGAUUUGGGAUAUGAACAGGAUAGGCUUAAGCGGUCUCGAGUUCUCAGAAUUGCAUCAAAAUCGGGCCUGCGAUUGGAAAGUGUUGUGCCGACAUAUCUCGCUGCUUACGAAGGCUGUCAUCUGCACUGCCGCCAUGUGUACUUAUGGUAUGCCCCAUCUUUGCUUUUCAAAUACAGCUAGUCAUGUA